AUGAAAAAUGAUUCUAAGAAUCUUCAACAUCAAUCAAAGUCCAGUGGACAUUUUAAGAUCAAAAUAGAAGGAAGUUAUGAUAAACGAACAAAACGUAGCUAUAAAAAUCAAAUCUUCCAAGAUUUUGCUUUCAAGUCUAAUGUAAAGAUCGUAAAAAUUAAUCAGCAUUUUAAAAUUCUUUUAAGUAGUUUUAGAUUGGGAAAGGUUUCAAAUAUAUUUUUGAAUAGCAUGAGCAUAGUGCUAGUUGAAUAUGUUAAUCUUAACGGCAAUUUUAUCUGUGUGGCCUGGCCCGUUUUUCUUUAUUUAAUACGAGAGAUUUCUGUCUCGUCUGCGACGACAACAAAAGCAGAACCCCAUAGAGGUUUAGUUCAAAAUUUAUGCGAUUUAUGCAGAACAACAAUCAUAAAACAUUAUGACAUUUUCUGCACCAAGCAUUUGGGUGAAGAGGAAACAUAA